AUGGCGCACAGAAAUAAUAAAAAGGAAGCCCUACUUCGACGUAAAGAGGAAAUAUUGAAAGAAUUGAAAUACUAUGAUAACAGAAUUGAGGAAUUAAAAAAUAAUAAAAGUAACUCAAGCUAUUAUGAUGACGACAGUUCAGACAGUGAGGAGUUCCCUGAAUUGUCCAUCAACAGCGGUCCUUCUAUCACAGAGCUCAAGCUGGAGGCCAGCAUGCUCCGGACGUGUCUCCACGCUACACAGGAGCUCACCAACCUACAGAUACUGCAGUCGGAGGUCAAUGUAUUGGUCGACCCUCCCAUUGAUGACGGUGUGUCUUGUUCCGGUGUCUGUCGCGAGGUGACUGUAGAGUGUCGUACAGACCUGGUGCCAUUCACCAUGAGCUUCCUUGUAUACACAGAGGAGGCCCCCUCCUCCCCGCCUUUCUUCUCCAAGCUCCAAGUGUCAGCCAUCAAGACCUCACACCACAAGGAGCUGGCCGCAUCCGUGCUCGCUAGUGUGGACACGCCCAGCGACGCUGUACAGGUGUUGUGUAGUUACAGCAGAGCUCACAGAUCCAGAAGAGCCACACUGUCCAAGUUAGCGGAGAAGUAUUCACAUAGGUUACACAUGGAACCACGGGCGGAGGGAGGCUACCUACUGAGGUGCGGUGAAGUGCUGGAGGUGGUGUGGGAGUUACAGAACAAGUGGUCCGUACUGGCUGACUUCCAGCACAAGAUGAAGUUUGACCUGGAGUAUAUGGAUGAAUCCUACAUAAAGAUCAUAUCAUCAGCUCACCGGCAGCUGUCAGAACCAGCCGUGGACACUGAAGAGAGGACCGGCCUGUUAGUGAAGAUUAUAGACACGUGUGUACAGGCAGGGGCAGGGAGGGCGAAGGACCGGGGCUCCGCUGAAGGACCGGGGGAGAUCAUGGCACCACCGAAGAAUAUACCCAAGAAAAAUAUUAAAGAUACGAGGAAGAAAGACGGUGACAAAGAUAGUAGGAGUGAUGUUACAGAUGGAACGAACAUACAGGACCCCGAUAAACAUAAAGAUAACAAAAUAUAUAAAGAUAAAAGAAAGGCCACGGACUCACCGAACACGGGGAGGGAUAAAAGAUUAGAUACAGGAAACGAAAAGAUAAAAAAAGAUAAUACAAAAGAAAACAAUCACACACAGAAGAAUGUAGUAACAAAGAAAUUAGAUAAAAAAAUAAAUGUAACAAAAACAGAACACUUGUCGGAGAGAUUCAAUAAGAAUAAAAGAAUUAAUAAGAAUAAAGAAAUGAGAACGGACUUAAAUAAGAAAAAUGAUGUUAAGAGUAGAAUACCGCAGAAGAGUUUAAAGAAGACACUGAAGAAGAAUACACUUACUGUUAACACGAGGAAUGUGAAGACUCCGCUGUGUCCACCUCGGAGCGGCUCCAACACACUGAAGACAAACAUACCACGUGAGGAGACGCGUGAUAUUAUAUAG